UUUUAUUCAAAUCAUCAACCGCUAAGCUCUAAUCGCAGCCGCUGCAUCAUGGUCCCGUGGGAUGUAUACGCACUGUGCCAACAGUCGCAGACGGUGACUUCCGAAUUGGCACAGGACCCGUCUCAAACUCCGGGAGCGGUCUUCAAGAAGCUUUACGAAAAGCAGAGUCCUGUAUCGCACCACGCAAAGGGUAAUUCAAAAGGACUCUCAAAGGAAGAAUUCCAAGAGAAGAAUGAACUGCAGAGAGCGCAUGCUUGCGGGAAUUGGGGAUCGUCAGAACCAAGCGAGCUAUUCCUCCAGAUUUAUCACGACGUGCUCUGUUCCUUAGAAAAGAACCCCAUUGCAGGAGUUGUCUCGCCCCCUGUAAUCGGCAGCAGAGGUGUCGUUCCUCUGACCAUUGUUGCACCAUUACCGGACCUUUGCCGCCAUCUAGCCAACUGCAUUGUGCGAGCUGAACACGAGAUUUUCCUGGGAACUAAUUUCUGGGUCCACUCGGAUGCAGCGACGUUGGUCACAAAUGCGAUUCGCGAGUUGUCCAAGAGAGCUAGAGAACAAGGCAGGAAGGUGAUCAUGAAGAUGGUGUAUGAUCGUGGGGACCCCCGUCAGGUCUUGGAGAAUCGGUUGACUGUCCAUGAGGAUCAAUACACCGGCGAAAAAGUCAAACUUCCACAUCCUAGCGAAAUUCCAAACGUUGAUCUUCAAGUGAUCAACUUUCACCGACCUGUCUUUGGGACAUUCCAUUCCAAAUUCACUGUGAUUGAUCGGAAGAUAGCUCUGUUGCAAAGCAGCAAUAUCCAGGACAACGACAACCUUGAGAUGCUAUCUCAUAUUGAAGGUCCUAUCGUCGAUGGCUUCUAUGACAGCGCAUUGCUUUCAUGGGGCAAGUCUCUCGAUCCCCCAUUGCCUUUGUUGAACACUCCCGCCGAGACUCUUCAAAUACCUUUUUACGAGUCAAAGGAGACGACUUCAGUUUCUGAGGAUGCGUCUCAGGGUCUGUCAGUCCUGCCUGAACAUACCACAAAGGACGAGCAUUACGACACCACCUACGAAAAUGAAGCACAGCGAGUCAACAGCGGCAUUAUUCCUCGCGGGGAAGAGACUUCAACUCAUGCUGUCACCCGUCAUUUGAACACGACUAUUCAACCUGAUACAGUUGGUGAUGCGCCAGACUCUGAUCAAGACCCCAGGAUGACUCCAUACAUUGUGCUGCCUCGUCACGAUCUUGUACCCAUGGCAGUAGUCAAUCGGGAGCCCUAUGGCGCUCCAAAUCACAGCAGCGUUCACACCCCUCAGAAUGCCGCAUGGCUCGCAGCUAUCAAGAAUGCAAAACGAACCAUUUUCAUUCAGACGCCCAACAUGAAUGCAGAGCCACUCCUGGAGCCUAUGCUUGAGGCUAUUCGCCGUGGUGUGACCAUUACCGCCUAUCUAUGUCUUGGUUACAACGACGCUGGCGAGUUGCUGCCAUUCCAGAACGGAACGAACGAGAUGAUUGCGAAUAGACUCUACAGCUCACUCGAGUCUGAGGAAGAAAAGGCUCGGCUCCAGAUUCACUACUAUGUCGGCAAAGACCAAACUCGACCCAUCCACAAUUCAUUCAAGAAGCGCAGCUGUCAUAUUAAGCUGAUGAUUGCUGACGAGCAGAUAGCGAUUCAGGGCAACGGCAAUCUUGAUACCCAAUCCUUCUUCCACAGUCAAGAGAUCAAUGUCCUACUUGAUUCACCACUGAUCUGUAGGGAAUGGCUGAGUGCGAUCGAACGAAAUCAGAAUACCGCAAAGUAUGGUGCUGCGAGUAGUAAGGAUGGCUGUUGGCAUGAUUCGGAAACCGGUGAAAUUCCUCCGGGGUCCGUAGGUACAGACCCGGGACGGUUCAGUUGGGCAAAGGGCGUCGUUGGUGCCGUAAAGCGGGUUCGGGGAGUAGGAGGAUUCUAA